CCUCUCGAAUCCACCUACACUGCGCUCAAUAAUCAAUGGCUGCUUUCCUGCUCAUCACUCUCCUCCUCUCCAUCGCCGCCCACUCCAGCGCGUUGUGGUGCGUGUGCAAGGAUGGAUUAACCGAUCCACAGCUGCAGAAGGCGCUAGACUACGCAUGCGGAGCCGGCGCGGAUUGCAACCCGAUCCAUCAAAACGGGCCCUGCUUCCAACCCAACACCGUCAAGGCUCACUGCAGCUACGCCGCCAACAGCUAUUUCCAGAGAAACCGCCAACAAUCCACCGCCUGCGACUUCGCCGGCGCCGCCACCGUCACCUCCUCCGAUCCUAGCAUUUCUGGGUGUUCGUAUCCUGCAACUGCAAGUGCUUCCACCACCCCCACAACGGGGACUACGACUCCGGUCUCCGGGACGACGGGUAGCACCCCGGGCAUGACGAACCCCAACACUGGCGGACUAGGAAACCCCGUUCUAGGCCCGUCAGGGAUAAACCCAAUACUGACUUGAGUGAUGAGGGAUCCG